UUGGAUUUGACGUCAGUAGGCUAUCAUAACCAAAUAUUUCUAUUUGUAUUUCUCAUGUUUCUUAUUUUUCCCACUGACAAUUUGCGUGUUUACUUAACGGGGCAUAACGAUAAGCUAUCCAUUUGCUUUAUAGCCAGCAUUCAAAUAAAAUCCACAGACAACAAGAGCCAGUGGCACAAUCGCCUCUUGAGGCUUCUGCAACCAAACCUACAGUAACACAUUCUGAACGAUGCAACCAAUACGGACGGAUCUGCAAAAUACACGACAUCACCAAGGUAACCAGACCAGAUAAGACCAGAAAGCCCGUGCAGAAGAAACGUGCAGAGGAACAUCGCGGACGGCUAGGAUCCGAUAAACCCACGUAACCAUGGUAAAGCCAGGUGUAGGAGUGUGUGAGAAGAAGCCUGUGAGGCCACGCCCAGGGGGAGACGGCUUUGAUAACAUCCCCCUGAUGGGAGCGCUGGAGACGGACAAGCUGCAGCCGCCUCCCCCUGACAAGGCCUGCCUGCCUGUCCCCCCAAAGGUCAUUGUGACGACCAGGGCCUUGUGCCAGCAGCAGCAGCAGCAGCAGAAGAAGACAAGCUUCCUUCCACACGUCCCGACCCUCAGCAGGCAGAUCCCCAACAACCUCUCCGAGAGGGUCAAGUUUACAGGUCUUUUUGUUGCCAUGGUGAUGCUGGCGAGUGUUCUCCUGUUGGUCAUGUACAAGUCUCUGUGGCUGGACCAGAUGAGGUGCCCUGAAGGCUUCGUUUUUAAGUCGCAGCACUGUACCCCAGAGGCGCGCCUUAUGCACUCCGGCCAGCAGGGGGCGAUAUCUGCACUGGGCCAGCAAGGCAGCCUGUACUCCGCCCUCGCCCGCAUGGGCCAGAGCAAGAGGCCUAUCCCCGAGCUGCUGCCCUCGUCCUGGCUUCCCAUCGUCAACGCCCUGAAGGAAGCCCAGCUAGCCAAUGAGGAGGCUGAGCAGGCCCACCUGUAAGAGCUGGAGGCCAAUCAGAGACGCCCGUGAGUCACGACUACCUGUUGAAGUACGUUUUUUGUUGAUUAGGGAGAAGCCACUACUGAACCUUAAAAAAGGACCUGCGACAGACUGUCCCUGAAGAGCACAGGUCUUCACAUGUGUAUGUAUGUGAGUAUAUAUAUGUAUGUAUGUGAGUUUCUGUGUAUGUAUGUGAGUAUCUGUGUAUGUAUGUGAGUAUCUGUGUAUGUAUGUGAGUAUUUGUGUAUGACAGUGUUUGGAGUCUCCAGAGUCAUAGUAGAAAAAAGAAUGAAUUAAACAUUAAGAGUAAUUAUCCUUGCUACGCACAAGCUGACACAUUAGUGUAAAACAGCUGACCAUGUGAUUAUUGAUUUUAAGUCGGUUGUACAGAUAAAUAAUGUACAGAUUUUCUCUCGAACCGUGCUGACUCAUAGCUCAUUCCAGUAUCGUGCUGACUCAUGGCUCAUUCCAGUAUUGUUGAACCGUGCUGACUCAUAGCUCAUUCCAGUAUUGUUGGGGUAAACUGCUGUGUCUGUGUCAAGGUUGAGCAGAAUGUCCUCUAAAGCACAAGACUCCCGCUAACUGGGAUUGUUUCAUCUAAAAGUUAAAGUCAAGGUCGACUGCAGACACUAAUCUCCAAAGUUUAUCGGGUUGGGGAAUUGACCCGACGGCCGGAUCGCCUGGCGGAGACAUUAGUGCUGCUCCACCACGCACACAUGGUCCGUGUAACAUCUUGGGAUUAUGGGAUUAGCCGUGUAACAUCCUGUUGUGUUGGGAUUAGCCGUGUAACAUCCUGUUGUGUUGGGAUUAGCCGUGUAACAUCUUGUUGUGUUGGGAUUAGCCGUGUAACAUCCUGUUGUGUUGGGAUUAGCCGCACAGUGUUGACCUUUGCCCUUCCUCUUAGUUAUCUGCUAAAGAGAAACAGCCAACAGUUACUAUAGAAACGUUACUUUCGAUUAGUUUGAUGUUGACAGCCGCUAGUUACUAUAAAAAUGUUACUUUAGAUUAGUUUGAUGUUGACGUGUUACCCUGUUUUGUAAAAUACAUGAAUGUGAAAUGUUACAGUUACACAGAAUUAUAUCUAAUGAUUUUGUAUUGGUGAAUCAGAUGUUUACAUGUCUACCAGGAAAAGUAUUUCUGUAGACACAAAUGUAUCUGAAAUGUUUAUGCCGUCAGCAUCUAUUUCAUAUGCACAUGUAUAGACUGCAUUUGUUAAGUAUAUUUGUGACUUUAUAUUUUUACAGUAAUUUAACUUCAGUUACACUACUAAUAAAUAGGCCUAGUAAGGAGCAUUGCACUUUUAUGAUGUAAUUAUGUGCCAAUUACUAUUUUUGAUUUAUUUAUUUAUUUAUUUAUGUAUUUAUUUAUUUAUUUAUUAUGGCUUUUAUUAAGUAAACAGUGUCUACAGUGUUUAAGUUGAAGCUUGCAGAAUACUUAAGAAUUCUUAAAAAUACUUGAAAUAAAUUAAAAGAAUAAAGGAAA